UUUAGUAUAGUUUAGUAUUGCGACGACAAUUAACUUAAUUAACUUAAUUGUGUAUUUUGCUAAUUGUUAAUUCAAUUAGUUGAAGAACCCACAAAUAAGACAAAAUAUACACAAAAAACGGUACGAUACGAUACGGCACGUUCGGGAUUCGAUAAUAAAAAAGAACGGUUAAAGGUCUUUGAUUUUUUAAUUCAAUCGAAUAAAAAAAGAAAACGAAGAAAAUAAAUGUUCAAAUAUCGACACUAAAUUAAAUUGCCGACCAUAGACAACAAGGAAAAAAAUUAGUAGCCCUGGCUGAUUAACCUCGACGGAAUUUAACAAAAGUGUGAAAAUAAAAUUGUGGUGAAAUUAGAAAAGACGGCCGCCAAAAAGGAAAUCUGCAGGCGUGUGUGUGUGUGAUUGUGUCAUUCUCAAUAGCAAAGAACAACGUAGCCAGUUGACAAUUUUCUUAAUUAAUUGAUACAUAAUUAAGUUAUUUUCCCCCCAAUGCUAAUUUGUUGAUUAGCACGUCGCUGUGGUCCAAGAUUGAUUUAUUUUAAUAGCGUAAGGCAUUUAAGUUGAUAGCCGCAACACAAACAACAACAACAGCAAUUAUGCUUAAUUAUCAACAGCAUCAAAUGUCCACACUUGUGGCCACAAUGGCUGGCGAUAAUGGCAGCUCGGCGACGGCAGACGCGGCCACAACUUCUUCUGGUGCAACUCAACCUUUUUAUUCUGCAACGUCACUGCAUCAACGGCAACAACUGGAGCAACAACAGUCACAUCAAACAUCAUCAACCUCAUCGCCAAUGGCCACCACCUGUUCCUUGGCCACGUCAACUUCGCUACAGUCCAAUAAUAACAAUUACAUUAACACAUCGCAGUUAUCAACAGGUUUGGCAAUGGCGACGGGACCUGCAGGCCUUAACUCAACAACACCCACAACCAGUUCCUCCUCCUCAUCCGGAUCCAUGACCCUGCCAUCACCUGCAGCUGCAUCAAUCUAUCACCAGCCACAAUUAUGCAACAGCAAACCAUUGUCGUCGCCAUCGGCCUCAUUAUCGGCAAAACUUUCAAAUUCUCUGACAUUGACCGCCUCGCCGACGGCAGCGAUUUGUUCACCCUUCCUCUUCGACAAGGGCUCGGAUAAUGUGAAACGUUUCUCUGUUAACAAUUUGCUGGACAUGGCCGCCGUCCAGGACAGUCCGCAUCACCAUCAUCAUCACAAUCUUAUUACGAAUAAACUGCAAAUGCAUCAUCAACAACUCCACCUUGAAUUGCAACAGCACCAGCAGCAACAAAAUCAACAACUGUCCAUCAUUUCGUCAUCGCCUGGGGAUAAUUUAGAUGACACUUUUCAUAAUGACUUUGGUUCAACAUCAUCGCUCACAAAUGACAUUAUAGCCGAUCACCAGCAGCAGCAUCAUGCCCACCAUCCACAUCAUCAUCAUCUCCAGCUCCAUCAGCAACACCAACAGCAGCAACAGCAUCAUCAUGAAAUAUCGACGUCACCACACAAUGGCCGCAAGCCACGACGUAAUCGAACUACAUUCUCAUCCGGACAAUUAACAGCCCUCGAAAAGGUAUUCGAACGAACACACUACCCCGAUGCAUUUGUGCGUGAAGAAUUGGCCACCAAGGUGGGUCUGAGCGAGGCUCGUGUUCAGGUAUGGUUCCAAAAUCGUCGUGCCAAAUUUCGUCGCAAUGAACGCAGUUCGACCACAGGAAGACCUUUGAUAACAACCACACCACAGCCCGUACCGCCCAUAACAACGGCCCACAAGUUCUCACCCGAAAAAGGAGCUGUUCUGCUGCAACAGCAAAUGAAUUUGGCCCAUCCGCAUCACCACCACCAUCAUCAUCAUGCUGCUGCUGCAGCGGCAGCAUAUUCACUGAGCUUUCCAUCUGCCCUGGGAAUGUAUGCAUCGUCGAAGAACUAUGUGAACAGUUCGUACAACACCUUUGCAACGGCAAGCGCAAAUACUGCGGCCGAUGGCUUAACAGGUCCUUGUGGAUUUUUUCCCACCUCCAACUAUUGUGGGCCAAAUUAUCAACCGAAUUAUUCGUCGUUGCGUUACAAAACAGCUCAAGGAUUUUCGGCUCUAUAACCAAAGGAAUCGUGUGGCGUGCGGAGUGUUAAUGUGAGAGUGAAGAGAGAAUAUAAAGAGAAUUCUUAAAUUUUAAGUGCAA